AUGAUACCGUCUUCGACCUCCUUCCGAUCGAGAACCCCGGACCCUCGCUCCGACUCUACGGGCCCCAGUGCCAGUAUACGACCCAGGAAUCGGAGGUUGAAUACUGUGGAUCAAGAGCUAGGCAGCACAAGUGGCACGUCUACGCCGGCCAUCGGGAGUAGAGCAGUUAGUCCAAUUCCUGCAAAACAUCCAAGUAGGACUGGUGGUUCUGGUAGUUUGGGAAAUGGAAGGCCAAUUAGGGGAUCCCUAGCUCCCAGUUCAAUGAGCAGGAAUGCAGGACAAAAUAAGAGUGGGAGCUCGAGUCCAAUUGGGGGAAUGUGGAAUACGGGGUGGAUGAGUAGUACACUGCAACAGGUGGCGAGCUCUGUGCUAGGCAGUAUGUCGGGCGACGAUGAGGCAUCACGGAAUGAGUAUGGAAGUGACAUUGCGAAGGGGAAGACUCGAAGGACAGCAGACAGUAGGGCGAGAUCAAAGAGAACCUUGCCAGAUGAAUGGGGCCCUUCAAUAUCACCGGCCAAUGCGAGAUCAGAUGGUGGAAUUGGAAUGGGCAGUACGAGUAAACGAGAAGCAGCAGUUAAGGCCAUGAAGAUGAAGGAUGUUCUAGAGGGCGGAAACAACGAGGAGAGUGCUAUAGAUGUGACCGGGCAUUAUAAAAGAAGGACGUCAAGCGAUAUUCAGAGGCCGGCUAGUGCGCAGGAUGAGGGGGAUGCGCUGGCUUAUAUUCAUCAUGUCCAACCGCACGACACAUUUGCAGGAGUGGUGCUGAAAUACAAUUGCCAAAAGGAUAUUUUCAGAAAGGCAAAUGGAUUAUGGUCGAAUGAUUCGAUCCAGUUCCGCAAGACUGUGGUCCUACCAGUGGAUGCUUGUGCAGUCAAGGGGCGGCCUUGUGAACUCCCAUCAGCAGAUUCUCCAUAUCAAGGUGUUGAUCUUCUUGCGCCUACACCUGCAGACGAAGAACCACCUCCUAUCCCCAGACCUGAAGCAUGGCCGUCAAUCACACAAUCGCCAUACGGGGCAUCUGCAGAACCUCCCGCCGAAGAAGAAGAAAAGCCUUGGACUCACGUCCGCUGGGUCCUGAUAGACUCAUCACCAUCCGCUAAACCCGUCGAGAUAGCCAGAAUGUCACGGAAAACACUGGGGUAUUUCCCUCCCCGACGGAGAAAGAGCUUAGUUGCAAGUUCUAGCGUCUCAUCUCCUCGUGGUUCUACAGAUUUGACAUCAUUAUCAAGAUCUUUAUCCCAGUUAUCGAGUGAUCCUUCUGGUAGCCCAGCAAGCACGCGUUCGCGCCGAACCAGCAACCUGGGUCCCCAGCCUUCUUUAGGGAGUUAUUUUCCCACCAUGACAUCCGCCAGUCGUUCUCGUUCUCGUCGUCGAAGCGUAAGCGAAUCUGCGGAUCGAUAUGGCUGGAUGCGAGGGCCAGGCGGUGUCGGCACCAUGGGGAAGAACGUACGAAAACCAGGUCCAGGGCAGGAUGGUCUAAAUGCCUGGACCAGGAAACAUAUUCCCGGUCUAACUCUAGAUUCUCUCCCCUCAACUUCCAUCAUGGGCGCUGAAUCGGCACAUUUUGGAUUUGGGGAGGAGUUGUCGGCGAUUGCGGAGGGGCCUUAUAGUGGUGGCUCCUCAGUAAACGGGGCUGCUACCCCCGGCGGCUCCCAGGGGCUUGGGCUGGAAAAUGCCGCGGCAGCGGUUGAAGGCUUCUUUAGAAAACUUGUUAUUAAGGGCCCCGGGACACCAAGAGUAGGCGGAAGGGAAAGUGAUCUUAUUGAGCUACUAGAUGGGACGGGCAGUGAUGACGGGAGGGGCUUUGAAUUGAGUCCUGGACGGAGCAGGAAUGGUACUCCUGUCGGAACAGGCAGAGAAGAUCUAGAUGGGGUGAUCAGGGGACGCAGCACUGCUGGAGCUAAGGGUGGCAAGAGCGAUUGA